UGUGUUCUUCGCACUUGGAUCGGCUGCUGAACUGCGCUGCGAGAGAUUACAUCAGCAGAUCUGAGAAGGUCUCAGUCCAGCGCCUCCAACAUGCCAUACACUACUAACAACUCUCAGCCGUCACUCACCAAAAUCGCCCUGGACAGCUAUGACAUCAACAUCAAGGUGCCCCUGGAAAAUGGAACAAUGGAUGCCGUCUCCGUAUCGAAUGUUGACAGUGCCGACAACGAGGUGGUGGAAGAAGAGUUUGAUCCAUGGGCCCUUCCAGAACUGCAGGCCACGGGCCCGGCUUGGAAUGAAUUAAACACGGAACAGAAGAUCAAGCGAGUUGUGAUAGGGAUAGUGAAAGGCUGUCUCCUGCUGGGAUUACUUUACCUCUUUAUUUGUUCCCUUGAUGUCCUCAGCUCGGCUUUUCAGCUGGUGGGAAGUAAACUGACAAAUGAUAUCUUCAGUGAUAAUGAUGUUCUUUCGAACCCCAUCGCUGGCCUGGUGAUAGGAGUUUUAGUUACCGUCCUCGUACAGAGCUCCAGUACCUCCUCUUCCAUUAUAGUCAGCAUGGUGUCCUCUGGCAUAUUGGACGUGAAGUCUUCGAUCCCGAUCAUAAUGGGUGUAAACGUUGGGACGUCAGUCACCAGUACCUUGGUGUCGUUGGCACAAUCUGGAAAUCGUAAUGAGUUUCGAAGGGCAUUUGGUGGCUCUGCUGUACACGGUAUGUUCAACUGGAUGUGUGUCCUAGUUUUAUUGCCCAUCGAGAUCGGCACUGGAUACCUGUAUCAUGUUUCCAAAGCCAUCAUUAACAGUUUCAACAUCUACGCUGGUGGAGAUGCACCCGACAUUCUGAAAGUCAUCACACGCCCAUUUACGUAUCUCAUUAUCCAGCUGGACAGCAAGCUGGUAGCUGACAGCGCCAUUGAAGUCCCAGACAGUCUGAUUAAACGGUGGUGUGUCACCAAUAAAACUGUAGUCCUCCAGAAUGUCUCCAUUACAAAUGUGACAGAAUGUGAUGGCAUCUUCCAGUGCUUUGACACAGAAAACGGGACAGUCAUUGAAAAGAAUGUAACCUUGACUGAGAACAUCAAGCAAUGUACGCACAUAUUUGCGAAUGUCUCCUUGUCCGACCUGGAAGUUGGUUUCAUCCUUCUCAUAGCCUCCCUGCUUGUCCUCUGUACAUGUCUCAUCCUCAUUGUCAAACUACUCAAUUCAGUCCUUAAAGGGCAGAUCGCUACUGUGAUUAAGAAAAUCAUCAAUGCUGAUUUUCCAUUUCCAUUCAGUUGGCUGAGUGGCUAUUUAGCCAUCCUGGUAGGAGCCGUGAUGACCUUCGUAGUCCAAAGCAGCUCUGUGUUCACUGCGGCCAUUGUCCCCUUAAUGGGUGUUGGAGUUAUAAGCAUGAAGAGAGCCUACCCUCUCUUCCUUGGAUCCAAUAUUGGUACAACUACUACAGCCGUCCUUGCUGCCCUUGCCAGUCCUGCAGAAACGCUCAGCAACUCUGUUCAGGUUGCCUUCAUCCAUUUGUUCUUCAAUCUCACGGGUUUGCUACUGUGGUUCGUGGUACCUUUUCUUCGUAUUCCCAUCAAAGUGGCGAUGAUAUUUGGAGAUAUCACGGCCAAGUACCGCUGGUUUGCCGUAGUGUAUCUUCUCCUCAGUUUCCUCAUCAUACCGCUGGCUGUCUUUGGCCUCUCCAUGGCCGGCUGGAUAGUGCUGGCUGCAGUGGGUGGUCCGAUCCUUCUCAUCAUCUUGGUAGCCAUCAUUAUAAAUAUUCUCCAGAAGAAGCGGCCAUCAUGGCUCCCACGGGGCCUGAGGAACUGGGAUUUCCUGCCAAAAUGGAUGCACUCUCUAGCUCCAUGGGACCGGCUAAUCAAGAAAACCUGUGGCUGCUGCUGUAAGAAAUGCUCUGAACACCAAGAAGAAGAGGACAAACCAAAGAUCCUUGGUGCUGUCGACCCACUGGCCAGUGAAAAGCACUGCUAUGAUAAUCCCGAGUUUGUUCAAUCUCAGGAGCUAUGAGGGUGGCGUCAGCUGCCAUAUUGGACUUCCCAGAAUUCAACUGGACUCAUAUUCCUCUUCCAACCAACCCUGCUAUUUAAGUUAAAGAAAACAUUUUUAUAUUUUCAUAGUACUGACUAUAUAUUUUAAAUAUGAUGAUGGGUUUGAGUGUGACAGAUGGUGAUUGGAAUGUAGGGUGAUCUGCCGAGUGAAUUCUUAAAGGGGAAUGUUAACUGACUAUGUUGUAGCAUAUAUUAAUAUUAGCAGAACUGUAACAGCAUAAACCCUUUACUAUGAAUGAUAUUAGGGUUUAUUGUCAGUGAGUGAGGAUCCGUGUUCAGACUACUGCCACUGAUCCAAACAUUUAGAGAGACCAACUGCUGUCUGUAGAAUACUCAGGGAGCACAGCAGCUCACACUGG